AUGUCUCGCCCACAUUUUCGGGCAGACUUCAAUUAUUACCUCGCCACACCAACCCUCUUCCUCCAUCCUCUCGAAGAAGUCCUAACCGGAACCUCAACCGGCCUCGGCCCUUCUCCUUUCUCUCUCAAUUCCUCCACGUGCUCCGCCCAUCGAUCAAUUCUCCGACGCCGUGGACCCUCAGCGAUCAUGCUUACGCUCUCCCAGAUCUCCAUCUCCCUGGCAGGCCAAGGAUCUAGAUCGUGGGGCGGAGAAGGUGGCGUAUUAGAUUUUAGGAUCAUCAUGCCCGUAAUCUGCUUCAUCGUCCCCUGCCUCUGA